CAUGUUGCUUUUGCUGAUAACCGUCUUCUUUCCAUUUGCGCUUGUGUAGCCCUAAAACAUGAAUCGACGACUGUUAGAUCCAUUUCAGUUUACCGCAUUGCCCGAGCAUAUUGAGGAGUAUCUGGACCAUGGACUGGCGCUUUGUAUGGCAUUCAACAGGAGAGGGACACUGCUUGCUUCCGGGACAAGAGAAGGACAAGUCGUCCUGUGGGACUUUGACACGCGCGGUGUAGCGUCGGUGCUCUCGGGACAUGAGGGUCCUGUCACCUCAGUCUCCUGGUCUCGCGAUGGGCGAUACUUGCUGUCGGGCUCCGAGGACCAGCGGGUCAUCCUGUGGAAUGUCGCUGAUGGCUCCCAGCUGAGUCGCGUGUCUCUGGGCUGCCCUGUGCUACGAGUGGCCCUCUUCCCCAACCCUGGAGGCCCGCCCGCCCCGUCUGGCGCCUCCCCCUCCGCCCCCUCUGGCAGCCCCUCUAGCGGCCCCAGCGCGCCCCCGCAGCUGGGCCUUGUGUGCCUGGCUGAGGGGCCCCCGGUGCUGCUGGACCUCUUCUCGCAGCGCAGGGAGCCGCUGCCUGGGGCGGGCGAGGGUGUGGAGGUUGCGGGCGGCGGCAGUGUGGCUCUGUUCAGCCGCAACGGUGAGCUGGUCAUCUCGGGGCACCUGCGGGGGCUGCUGACGGUGAUCGACACGGCGGCGCGGCGGAUCGUGGACGUGGUACGGGUCCCCAACUCCACUCGGGUGACGGACCUGGUGCUCAAUCGCCCCGGCAACCUGCUGCUAGCUACGUGCGCGGACCAGAGGGUGCGCAUGUACGAAGUAGUGGUGGCAGGGGGAGGACCGACCCGCGGGUCGCUAGGAGGACGGACCCAUGGGUCACCCGAGCCGCAGCAGCUACAGGAGCAUCAGCAGCAGGCUGCGUACCAGUACCCCUCAGACGCGCAGCUGGCGGAAGCUCUGGCGAAUAAGUCCAUCAAGUCUGGUUCCCUGCUGUACGGCGCUGCAAACAACAACGCCAAUAAUAGCAACAACAACAACGCCAACACGAGCAGCAACAACAACAACAACGCAGGCGGGGGUGGCGUGCUGCGGCCGGUUCGGGACU